AGUUUACAGAGAUCAGGUUAACUGAGGGCUGUAAAGGGAAUGUGGAGGUUUUCUACAAUGGAUCCUGGGGUAAUGUGUGUUACAACCAAAUGGACAGAGACACAGCGAGUCUGAUCUGUCAAGAGCUGAACUGUGGAAGAUCUGGCAGUGAACCCACCAAUUCAGAGGGACUGAAGUUUCAUAAUUUGCUUGAUAACCUUAAAUGUCGACGACAUGAUUCCACUAUAUGGCAGUGUCCAUCUUCAGCCUGGGGUCAGUAUGACUGUGAUAAUGAUGUGGCCAAAAUCACUUGCUCCGAGAAGGAGAUUCAUGAGUCUCCUCGGAGUCGUCUAACAUGUUCUACCUCAUCAUCUCCUCACCAGAGACAGUGUUCAAUCUGUGAUGAUCAGUGGGACAUCAGCGAUGCUCAGGUGGUCUGCAGGCAGCUGGGUUGUGGAGCAGCACUGAGGGCUGAUGGGAAUUCAGUCUUUGGUGCUGGUGAAGGUGUUGUGUGGAUGAAAAAAGGUCAGUGCAGAGGGAAUGAGAUUCACCUGUGGGACUGUCCUCUCUCCCUGAAUAACCACACUGACUGCUCGCCCAAGAAGCUUGUUACACUCAACUGCGUAGAUUUGUCAGUGUCCACUACUCCUGCCACAACAACAUCAGCUUCUCCUCCAGUGCGUUCAACAUCAGUUACUCCUCCACAAACUCCUUCAACAGUGUCUCCUCAGCCCUCCGUCCCCCCAGUGCUUGUGAUUGUACUGGUAGUUGUGCUCUUACUGCUCUUAGUGCCACUGCUUAUACUGAUUCAGCAGAACAGAGUGAUGAGGAGAGCUCUCUCUAAGAGGAGACACAGGAUGACGUCUGAGGCCGUUUAUGAGGAGAUUCAGCACAGACACAAUCACUUCACUCAGAGGGGGAGUCUCAUCUCUGAAGAACUGCAUUCUGGGUAUGAAGAUGCUGAUGAGCUUCUCUCAGCAGAAGAGUUCAAGACUGCAUAUUAUGAUGAUGUCACCAAUGACAGUGGCCUAAAAGAAGAGAUGGUGAAGGAAAUCACACCGGGAUACUAUGAUGAUGUCAUCACUGAUGGACUGAAACCAGAUCGUGAGACAGGGAGUCUCAUCUCUGAAGAACUGCAUUCUGGGUAUGAAGAUGCUGAUGAGCUUCUCUCAGCAGAAGAGUUCAAGACUGCAUAUUAUGAUGAUGUCACCAAUGAUAGUGGCCUAAAAGAAGAGAUGGUGAAGGAAAUCACACCGGGAUACUAUGAUGAUGUCAUCACUGAUGGACUGAAACCAGAUCGUGAGACAGAAGACACACCUGAGAGCUAUGAUGAUGUCAUGACGAGCGGACAGAACUCUGAUAUCAAAAAAGUGAACACACCAGAGAAUUAUGAUGAUGUCAUCAUUACUAGACCGAGCACUCAAGGUGUAACAGAGGGAGUUCAGGAGGAGUAUGAUGAUGUGACGAGUGUCAGUGAAGAUGUGAGAAACCUGUUGGAUUAUGAUGAUGUGGAGGAGGAGUCAAACAAAGAUUUUGGCUCAGUGAUCACACCCACUGCCUCAUUUCAACAAAUCUGAACAAUGUUUAUGUGAUACUGUUAUUAAUAUGUCAAAUCUCAGGUUUUUAUAUAUUUCCCCA